AUGCUACGCUAUACACAAAAUAUAGUAAUCGUUUUGUGUGUACGCAUCAUCCUGUCUUCUUUUGGAAAAACAGACGAUAUACUUCUGAGACGGACUACAACCCGUGUUGACCUUAUUGAGCCAAACAUGGCAAUAUGGUCGGGAUAUUUCCCCCGUCGUAGUUACUGUGCCUCCAAGUGUUCCCAGGAACCGGACUGUGUGUCCUUACUGUACAACAUGGCUAACGGGUCAUGUGACCUCUUCAACGUGAUCUACGACAGUGACGACAGAGGUGAAGUCGACUAUUACUGGGUGUUGGAGGACAGAGGAUCCCGAUGGGUUCCAGAGUCGUGUCUCGCCGUCUCAAAUUGUUCUGGUAUUUCAACAGACGGAGAAUACUGGGUCUAUCCAAUCGUAACAAAUCGGAGGAGAACGAAAAUAUACUGUCACAACCUAGCGACUGAACCUUCACAUUUUAUAACUUUAAAAUAUCCCAACAUCUUUGUUCGCCAUGACAUCACAAAUUGGAUAAUACAGGGUCAAGAGUGUCAAUCGGCUAUUCGCCUUCCGUUAAAAAAAGCAGAGUUUUUAAAAGUGAAAUUACAGAUAAAGAGCAUGGUGGUAAAUGGAACUGAUUAUACGUUCACAUUGCUGACCGGAUCAAAACCAAUCCAGUAUGGAUAUGCUCAUGAUUGUAAUGGGAAACACUACACCAACCCUUGUAUUCACUUUGGGACAGCAACCAUUGAUACCAGAGGGACUGGACUGAUUGUUGAUCCUACAAUUGAAUUUGGUGUCAUAGAUGGGUAUAGGGCGGCUAUAAAACAAUUCCAUCGUUCCGUGAAUAGAGACCAGAUAUCAUUUACCUGUGGUGGAUGGUGCAGCCUUUGUGGACCGAUUUCUAGACCAAUCAAAUUCCAGCGUUCUAUGGAAUUCAUUUCAGCUGCUGAAGCACAAGCUGUUAUUUGUAAGAAGUGA